AUGGAAAAUAUAGGAAAGAUGACAUAUUUCUUAGGGAUGAAGUUUAUGUACUAUGAGAAUGGUAUCAUUUUGCAUCAACUAAAAUAUGAACUUGAGCUUCUAAAGAGAAUUGAUCUGCUGAAUUGUAAGGUUGCGGUCACACCUUUAGAAACAAAUCACAAAUUGGAUUUUGAUCCUGAAGAUGAUUAUGUAGAUGCUACAACUUUCAGGAAGUUAAUUGGUUCUCUGAGGAUUAUGAGGUAUAUUAAGCGGACUUUGAAGUAUGGAGUUUUGUUCCCUUUUGGAGUAAAGGCUAAUUCAGAGCUGAUGUGUUACUCAGACUCUGAUUGGUGUGGAGACAAAGUUGACAAAAGAAGUACUUCAGGAUAUUUGUUUAAGUAUCUGGGAGGUCCUAUUUCUUCAUUUUCUAAGAAGCAAUCAAUUGUUACUUUGUCAACUUGUGAAGCUGGAUAUAUUGCAAGUGUUGUGGUUGCAUGUCAAGCAGUUUGGCUUCUAAAUUUACUGUAA